ACAAGAAAGUAUAGCUUAGCCGACUGAUGGGGCUACCGUUUGCUGGUGGCCGGUUUUAACAGCUGCGGGUAAAGGGUCCUAUAAGAAGAAGAAGAAAAAAAAACCCUACCUUCAUUUCCGCCGCCUCAUCUCUAGCCGCGCGCCGAUUCUUCCUCUCCAGUCCCUCAAGCUCUCCCUCUCCAGUCCCUCAAUCUCUCCCUCUCCGCUCACUCUUCCUCCCUCUCCCUCUCCCUCUUGCACGCUCUCCCUCUCCCUCCCUCUCUCUGUCUCUCCAUCUCGCUCUCCCUCUCCGCUCGCUCUCCGUCUCACUCUCCCUCUCCCUCUCCCUCUCACUCUCUCUAUCCCUAUCUCUCUCUCUCUCUCUCUCUCUCUCUCUCUCUCUCUCUAUCUCCUCGGUCCUCUGCUGCAGUUUGGCCUUCCGCUGCUCGUGAAUCUCCGAUUCUCAAGGAUUUGCAUUGUUGAAUCCCUUUUUAGGGAUUUGCAUUGUCAAAACUCUUUUUGGGGUUAGCAUGCUUUUGUUUCCAGGUAUAUUGUCAGAUAGUUUCCAGUUGCCCUGGCUUGAAACAGUUUGAUCAUCAGUUUGGGACAGAUAAUGGGAGCCUGUGAAAUGCAGUUCCUGUUCGUGCAGUCUCAGGUGCUCGGUGGACCACCAAAAAGCAGAUGCAGUUGUGAUUUUGGGAUAUCUUUAUGGCCAUGUUACACUUUCCUUUUGUCUAGCAUUUUCAUGGUUCUUGGAAGAGUUCGAGUGGCUGUAAGACUACGACCUCGGAAUGCAGAGGAGUUGGUUGCAGAUGCUGAUUUUGCUGAUUGUGUAGAAUUGCAGCCAGAGGUGGUUUCUUGUAGGUGCUUUUUUCUCAGUUUCGUGUUGUUUUGCUGGUGGUUGCUUGCUAACUUUUAGGACUUGAUCAGGUUGGUUAAUGGUGCUACUUCUUUAUUUAGUUAACUUUAGUAGGAAACUAUGCUUAUCAUGAUAUUUCUAUUAGGUUGAUACUCAUUUUUAGGAUUUGUAUUAUGCUCAUGAGUAUCUUCUCUUUUGAGUCGUCUAUUGAGAAUUCAUGUUCAAAAUACACCUUGGUAGUGUCCAAGCAUUUAUUUGUGUGUUUCAUGUUUAAAUUGAUAAAAAGAUGGAAAUCAUGAUUAAGUCUUAUUUUUGCUUUUUUAAGUUAAUGGGUCUUAGUCCAACCUUAAAACGGGUUUGACUAUAUUGAACGAGAUUGCCGAGCUUGUGGCCUUGGUUGCAAUUUUGAAUUUCAGAGGUAUGUCUCGAGAACUUUCAAAUUUCAGAUUACCUCUUUAUUUCUAUGGAUUGGUUAUGCAAAAUGUAUGUCCAUUGUAAUUUUCAAUUUCAUUUCGUUGC